AUUUUUUUACAUUCCCAAUACAAAAAACACCUAAAAAAUACACACUUUGUUUUUAGUUUAGUUCAACAAAAAAAUGAAAAAUGGUUAACCAAAAAAAAAUAAAAAACAUGCGAACCAUCAAUCAAUAGUUGUUAAUUUGGAGCAAAAGUUUCACCAUGCUAAUUUUGGAAGUUUGUGUGGUUACUAUCUCUGGUGUGUUAUCCCCUCAGAAUCCUAUCCUAUUGGUCUUCUCUUUGCGAGCCCAGUGACCUGAGUUUACCAAUAGUAGCAAUUCUUCUGAUUUACCAGGAAAAUCUUCACCUCUGACUGAUAUCCAAAGAAAAGUAGAAAACCAUACAAAUUUGUAGAAUUGUUACUCUAGUUUCCCAGCUAAGAGGGGCGAGAGGCCCAAACCCGGUUAUAGAUUCUACCUUUACUUUCCGGACUCCGAAGCACAGUAACGCUGUGAAGUUCAAAAAGUCUGGCGAAGUAUUAUCACUAUCUUUUGUUGCUGCAAGGUUUGUACAUGACAUGUUUGUGAAUUUGCCCCAAUGGCAUUCUGCUCGUACCCGAUAAACUGCCAUCUUGGGUGCCACACCCAUCAGCUAAACCAACCAUUCCCCCAUAUUUCAUCACCAAAACUCCUUAAAUCCGUUUCUGUUACAGUUCCAAGAAUCAACAACUAUGUCUCGGCCUCAAUGUCAUCUGGUUUGUCCACAGUUUCUUCCCCAGCUGACUUUCAGGGACUGUCUCCGGAUACAUUCUCUAAGCAACUCCUUGACGUCCUAGGUCGCGAAAAUGAUGAAACGUCCGCGCUUCAACUGUUUGAAUGGGCCUUGGAGCAGCCUAAUUUCGCGCCCUCCUUGCCCGUGUUUGAGGAAAUUCUUCACAAGCUUGGAACCGCAGGAUCAUUUGAUACAAUGAAGAGAAUCUUGGAAGGCAUGCAGAGCUCAGAAGUUGAAAUCGAGGAAAGUAUAUUCUUCAUUUUUAUUGAGAGUUAUGGGAAAUUAGGCAUGUAUAAUGAGGCUAUUGGUGUUCUUGAUAUGAUGGAAAAUGAGUUUGAUGUGAAACCAGCUACAUUUAGCUAUAAUAUCUUGCUAAAUGUUCUCGUCGAUGGGAUGAAGUUGAAACUAGUUGAGGAUGUGCAUUCCCGGAUGUUGAGCAGAGGUGUCUUACCUGAUACUUCAACUUUUAAUGUACUGAUAAAGGCCCUCUGCAAAGCGCAUCAAACCAGGCCUGCUAUUUUGAUGAUGGAAGAGAUGCCGAACCAUGGUUUGGCACCGGACGAGAAAACUUACACAACAAUCAUGCAAAGCUACAUUGAAGAAGGCAAUUUGCAGGCUGCUUUGAGACUGCGGGAUCAAAUGGUAGCUGCUCAAUGCCGAUGUACCAAUGUAACGUUAAAUGUCUUGAUUCAUGGCUUUUGUAAAGAAGGGAAGAUUGAAGAAGCUUUGAAGUUUAUUGAAGAAGUGUCUAGUGAGGGGUUCAAUCCAGAUAAAUUUACAUUCAAUACGUUGAUCAAUGGUUUGUGUAAAGCCGGACAUGUGAAGCAUGCUAUGGAGGUAUUAGAUUUGAUGCUUCAAGAAGGAUUUGAUCCGGAUCUGUUUACUUACAACAGUUUGAUCUCUGGACUUUGUAAAGUUGGUGAAAUUGAAGAGGCGAAGGAAGUUCUUAAUCUGAUGCUUUCGAGGGAUUUCUCCCCUAAUACAGUCACUUAUAAUACUAUCAUCAACACCUUGUGCAAAGAGAACCAAGUCCAAGAAGCUACAAGUCUUGCCCGAACCCUCAAAAACCAGGGGAUUUUACCUGAUGUGGCCACAUUCAAUUCUCUUAUACAGGGUCUCUGCUUGACUAACAACUAUCAAGGUGCAGUGGAGUUGUUUAAAGAGAUGAAGAAUGAAGGGUGCCAACCAGAUGAGUACACUUUCAAUAUGUUGAUUGACUCCCUAUGUCACAGAGGAAGAAUGGACGAAGCUCUUGGGAUGCUCAAGGAGAUGGAGUCAAGCGGUUGUGCCAGAAGUGUGAUAACGUACAAUACACUGAUUGAUGGUUUCUGCAAAAACAGGAGAAUAGAAGAAGCAGAAACCAUUUUCGAUGAGAUGGAACUUCAAGGUAUUUCAAGAAAUUUGGUUACUUACAAUACCCUGAUCAACGGACUUUGUAAGAGCAACAGGGUGGAGGAGGCAUACCAGCUGAUGGACCAAAUGAUUAUAGAAGGUGUUAAACCUGAUAAGAUCACCUACAAUUCACUUCUUUCACAUUUUUGCAGGUUGGGAGACAUCAAGAAAGCAACGGAUAUUGUUCAAAGUAUGACUUCAAAUGGGUGUGAACCAGAUAUUGUCACUUAUGGGACGUUAAUACAGGGCCUGUGUAAAGCAGGCAGAAUUGAGGUUGCAAGCAAGCUCCUAAGGAGUAUCCAGAUGAAAGGGAUGGUACCAAGUCCACAGGCUUAUAAUCCUUUGGUUCAGGCACUGUUCAAGAAGAAGAGAACGGGAGAAGCAAUGAGACUGUUUCGAGAAAUGGAAGAGAAAGGCGAUCCUCCAGAUGCAAUAUCGUACAAGAUUGUCUUCAGGGGUCUUUGCAUGGGAGGAGGACCGAUUGGAGAAGCAGUUGAUUUUGCCAUUGAGAUGACUGAAAAAGGUUUCAUUCCAGAAGCUUCCUCGUUCUACAUGCUGGCUGAAGGCCUUUGGUCCUUAGCAAUGGAGGAUACUCUUGUUAAGCUUGUCGAGAAGAUUAUGAAGAAAGCAAACUUCACAGAAAAUGAGGCGGCCAUGAUCAUGGGUUUUCUGAAAAUUCGAAAAUUUCAGGACGCCAUGGCCAGCCUUGCCGGUAUUCUAAAUAGGCGCAAUCCAAAAAGUAGAAGUAUGUCCAGAUGAAGGAUAGAAAUAGGGAUCUUUUCAUAGUCGUUUUGAUUAGUGUGAACUGUGAAGAAAUGUACUUGAAUUAAAGAUGCUCGCAGUGUUUGAAACGCAUGUACUCCCUCCCUCCCAUAAUUAUUGUCCAGUUUGGAUUUUUAUUUUUAGUUUAAAUUGUACUAAAAGUGAAAUCUCAAACUGGACAAUAAUUUUGGGACGGAGGGAGUAUUUUGCAUCGCGCUGAGAUUAGCAGAAAACACAUUGGCAACGAUCCUUGGUUUCCAGAAGAAAAUUUUUGCAAUUGGCAUUGUGAAAUUCAAGAUGAGAGACGCUCUUAUGUAAACAAUAGCAUGAAGUUUCUGAUGUACUCAACAAAUGACACAUUUAAGUCCUUAC